CGAUGCAGCUAUUCGGGGAAUUACUCGAUGCGGGUUUCACGAUGUGGUAGUGUCAUUAUAAAUCUCCGCAGGCCAUGGAUCUUCUUAGAAAACGGCCUCCAUUUGUCAGCAGGUCGAUCACGUAGCAGAAUGCACGACAUCACCGCGCAGGUGUUGCACAUACCUACCUACCUAUCUAAAGCCGACGCCCCCGCACGUACAUCGUCGUAGACUGUAUACCCGUGCUACUUCCGCCAAUGGAGAUACCGACGCACAAUGCACUGGUCAUCGUCGCGCCGCGAGCCCCGUACGAGGUUCGCCAGUACCCCACGAUAACGCCUACGGGCAACGAAGUGAAGGUCCGCGUCCAGUGGACGACGUCCACGCCGUUCGACCUUCACCAGGCAGACGGCGGCCUGCUAGUCGAGCCCCCAUUCCGGCCCGGAUUGUCGCCGGCCGGUGUGGUCGUCGAAGUCGGCCCCGACGUGAAGCAUUUCCGAGUUGGCGACGCCGUCGUCGGGUUUGCGCACCAGCAGCCCCAAUGGAAAGCCCACCAGGAAUACUCGACAGCUCCCGAGUGGGUCUUCGGCAAGUUCCCAGACACCCUCACAAUGCAGCAGGCGGUAACGGUGACCGAAGACCUGGCGACGGCGUUCAACACACUUGUGACUGACUUGCGAUUGCCCGCGCCCUGGCCGAAGCCCCAGGACUACAUCCCACCAAGAGCUGACGAGCGCAUCUUGAUCUGGGGCGCCGCGUCUUGUGUCGGACAAGUACUCAUACAGGUGCUGAAGUACUACGGGUACCGCCACAUAGUCGGGACGGCCUCUCCGCACAAUCAUGAGUUACUGAAGAAACUGGGCGUCGAGAGCUGCUUCGAUUACAAAAGCCCAACUGUGAUCCAAGACAUUCUGCGGGCCCACCAGCAGGGCGACGGACCUGCUUUUCCGCUGAUUGUCGACUGCAUCGGCUCUCAGGCCGGCUCCGUCGCCCCGGUAAGUAAGCUCGCCGGGAGCGGCGCCACAGUUGCGGUCAUGCUACCUGUUAUAGUGAAGCACGCCACGGAUGAAGAGACGCCAGAGUUCUUGAUGGAGGGUGUGGAGGCGAGCGCUCAGUGGGCCGAGGGCGUUACGGUGCACGGAGUACGAACAUUUUUAUUCUGGAAAAACGAGUUUUUUAGGGAUAGAUUACUCCCCGAGAUCAUGCCUCAGUUGUUAGCCGAAGGCCACCUAGUCCCACUCCCCUUCCAGGUGGUCGAGGGACGAGAUCUGCUCGAGAGAGCGACAAAUGCGUUGAAUCUAGUACGGAAGGGAGUAAGCGGAAAGAAACUCAUAUGGAGGGUGUCGGAAGAGUGAUAGUUAUACAC